CAGGCACCUUGCACCGUCAUGGGUCGUGAGUAACGUUGCAGUACCCGUACGGCCAAGCUGCUGGCUUUUAGUUUAGCUCCUUUGGAGCGUUCCCCUUUUGCCCUCCGAUCCGCCGGAAACGCAUCGAGAUCGCGUCUCUACGGGUGUAUUUGCGGCUGCCGAACACGGACUCGUCUUUGGGAGCCGAGCAUUUGGCCUCCCUUGUGGUCGUGUAGACCUCUCGCUCCAAGAGAGUCGUGAGUGGUAGCGUCGCGUGCAGUCGUGGGCCUCUGUGUGCUCUCGUUGCUGUGACGUCGCCUUCUUCAUUCACAACUCGUGAUCAUUCGCUGUUCUCCUAUAAGACUGGGGCAUUUCUCAAGCUUUCAGACAAAUGUCCUGCACACCCCCUUUGCACCUCUUGCACAUCUCGAACGACUCGCCCGGCGCGUCAUUCGCAGCAACCUCGCGCAAACAAAUUUUGACCAUCCAGUCAGCAUGAUGACGCAAGCUCCCAAUCCCACCGGCAACCCAGCCUGGCGGCGACCGCAAAUGGCGCACGCCGGCAACUCAUCCGAGACGCUCAGCUUGCCUCCUUCUUACGAUCAAGUGGCUCCUCGAGGCGCACCAACCAGUUUCGAGAAAACCGGAACGCAAGACAAGAAAGCGUCGGCGAGCGAGAGAUCUUGGGACGAUGAUAUGGUGGAGCAGAGGAUGCGCAACCUCGACGUCGGGCCAUCGGCCUCUUCCAGUCGCUCUGCCGUACCGUACGCUCCGACCACCUCUGGCAGCGGGCCAGUGGGACGUGCCAUGCCAGCACAAGCUUUUGGCAAGUCUUCGAGCUCCAUGAGUCCCGAAAAGCUUUUUGGUAGUCCUUUUGCCGCUUCACACGACUGGUCGCCCAGCGCACAGGACGCGAGAGCAAGAAGCAUCCCCGAACUGGACAUGAUGACUCGCAUUCAAGCUCGCUUUUCUCGCUCUCCCGGCAAUCCUUUCGAACCGCCUGCUCCUUGCUUUGAGAGGGCGCCACCUCCAGCAGGAGGCCCAGCCUGGACUCCUUCGCCAGCGGAUCCGACUCCAGCUCGAGCAGUGACGUACUCUCCAUUUCAGCCUUUCAGAAUACACAGCAAGGCCAAGGCCAAAGCUCAGCUCAGAGGAAAGGCUCUGGUCGGAGAAGGUUUUGCGAACGCCUACCCCGGCCCAGUCAUGGUGGAUCACAAUGUCAGCAUUGCUGAUUGGGCCAGAUUUCUCGAAGACAUCGAGGUGGCUGGCAGGCUCUCUGGAGGUCAAAGAAUUCUCACUGACCUCGUCUUGCCAACGACUGCGCACCUGGGAGCUGCAGCAUUCUUCGUCUCCAGAGCAAUUCAAAGGUCCAUGAAGCGCAAAAAGGAGCCAGUGGUACUCGGGGCCAUCGAAGAAUGGGCAGAAAGUUUCUUUGCACCUCGCGGGUUGGAUGUCUACGUUGCUCAGGGACAAGAGAGGCUCACAAGCCUCGCUCAGGCUCAAGUUCCUGUCCACUCUAGCGCACCACUUCUGAGUGGCACGACGACGAGUGGUCGUCCUCGUCGCGGCAGCAGCAGCAGCAGUAGCAGCAGCAGCUCGUCCUCAUCGUCCGACGAGGAGAAAGUUCCCAAAUACACACACGAUGGUUUGAAGUACGGCAAGAAGGAGAGGAAAGAGAUGCGCAGAGAGCACAAGCGGCAAAAGAAAGAGAUGAGGAAUGCCAAGCGUCAGCAUCGAAGAGCUCUCAAAGCCAAAGGUGUUCACGAUGGCGGGAGAGCCCUGGCUAUCAUCGUCAGCCCGCUCGGCUAUCAGCCACAUGCUUCACCUCCGCCAGCCAUGGGCGCUCAAGGAUUCGUACCAAAUCCUCAGCCCGCCGCGCAGUAUCAUGUGCACUCUCACCAAUACCCUCAGCAACCUUAUCCAGCUGGCCCUUCGUACGCCCAACAGCCCUCUCGUUCCCCGCCCAUUCUGCCUUCAGCGCCACACUACUCAAACCAACCAUAUCCGCCGCCCCAGUCCUGCCCACCUCAGGCGUCGAUGCGCAGCGCGCCAGAUGUGGAGCGGAAAGAAUGAGCCAAUGCAAAAUUUGGCAGCCACGGGAAGCCUUUCGAUGUAUCCAUACUUCCUGCCUUCGAAUCGAAUGUAAAUACCUGCGUCCCUUUCCCCUCUGCCCCGCAAAUGUGGCCGCCUCCAAUCGAGUCACAUGGAUAGAGUGACAUUGUCAAGCUAAU